AGCACCAUCAUUACAAGAGGCUAUGCCAAAUUUAAGCCUUGGAGGUAAUUUGGUAUCAGAUGCAACGAAUACGCAUCCUCCAGCAAGUAUUAGUGAUUCAUCAGACAAAAUAUCUCCAAUCACGCCCUCUUCUUUAAUGAAAAUGAAAAGGAAACUACCGAAUUCGCCAAAAUCAGGUCAAAAUGAAUCAAAUUCUAACUUACAUCAUCAACAACAACAGCAACAAAAUCAGCAAAAUAGUCAAGAUCAAUCUCAACAAAUGCAACUUUCUUCAAAAGAUGAUGACUCCACUUUCAUUGCACCAACACCCCCAACGCAAUUAAAUCAAAUUCGUACUAAUGUUGUUAAUACAGGAUCAGCUUCUCCGUCCUCUGCAUUGGGUAGAAAAUCAAUUCGCUCAAAUCCAAAUGCUUCAUCUCCAUUGGCUCUUGGACCUUCAAAAAGUCCUCACUCAUUAAAACCAACUAUAAGUCCGAGUCUUAAGCCUAAGCUACCAGGUGUACUAGCAGAUGAAGUCGCUGAACAAUUGGCAAAAAAAUCAAAUUACAGAAGCAUUCUAGAAGGAACAGCUAAGUCCCUCGGAAUUUCAUAUUCAUCAGAUGUGCAUUCAAGUUUAGAAUCACGACGUACAACACAUAAAGCUGCCGAACAAAAACGUAGAGAUUCAUUGAAACAGAGUUUUGAUGAAUUAAAAAAAGUUGUACCUUAUCAAUCAACGUUAAAUAAAAGUAACAGUAACAGUGGUGAUGUAAAAAAUAACGAUAAUAAAAAUAAUAUUAAUGGAAAAUCUGAUGGAUCUAUGAAAAACGUUAGCAAGUUGUUCUUAUUAAAGAGAGCACAUGAUUAUAUUGUGGAACUUGAACAAAAGUCCAAAGUUAAGGAUGAACUUAUUCAAAAGUUGAACGAUGAAUUGGAUGAACUUAAAGGAGUAAAAAGACGAAAAGUAGAAGAAACAGAAAAGAAGGAGAAUGCUGAUAAUGAAGUAGAUACAGAGACGAAAUCGAAAGAUGAACAGCAGACAACUUCUCCCACUGAAUGUUAACUUAGGAAAAACAUUAAGAUUUUUUGAUUUAAAAAAAAUAUGUCAUUUUAUUAUUAUGAAUUCAACAAACAUACUCUUAAGACUUUUUUCCAAUUCUUACGAAUUUAUAAAUACUUCUACAUAGGUUUGCAUUAUCACAUAUACAAUUUAAUAUAACGAAUUUUUCAUUACCAUCAAUAUGAUUAAGAAUAUUGUAAAUAGAAAACAAGGUUGAGACUUCAAUGUUAAAAAAAUUAUACAUAUAAUUACAGUAUUAAAUAUAAUUUACGAAUUUAGUUAGUUUAUUG